CAUGCAUGUAUGUGUGUAUAAACAGAGGCAGGGUGAAGUGUUUUGGCUGGGUGACACCGCUGGCCUGCUGCCUUACAUGGGCAAACCUCUGAACUGACUGAGACGGCUGGAAUUUCAGAGCGUGACGUCACUGCCUACAACUCUCCCAGAAUUUUGGAUCAAGAAGUUUCACUUUUUUUGGUGGGAUUUUCGACCUCCUGUUACAUUUCCUAGAAAGCGAGAUUUCAACACCCAGUGAAGGCUGACGCUUCAACAAACCAGGAAACCCACACAUCCAGACAGGAGGAAAGGUGUCAGAUCCUGAAGUCCCCGCCAUCACUUCAAGUUCAUAUUUAACCAUGUGGAACUCACCGAACAGUACCGAGCAGACGGGACAAGUGGCAGCCAGGAUGGAGACUACUCCGUCUUUGGGAAGCGCCAGCAUCUCUGUCUCCCAGCAGCAGGCGCCCAAGAAGUUUGCCCCUGUUGUCGCACCCAAGCCCAAGUUCAACCCUUACAGACAGAUGGGAGAAGACCUGCCCUCAGAGCUUGGAGCAGACUACCCUCCCCCUCCACCGCCGGCAGACGACUCGGCUGCUCUCCCUCCAUCCUCGGGCUCCUACCCUCCUCCUCCACUGAUGAACUCGUACGAUUAUCAGACUAAAGGACCAGAGAAGACUCUGGAGGAGAGGCGCUCCAGCCUGGAUGCAGAGAUCGACUCCCUCACCAGCAUCCUGGCAGACCUGGAGAGUAGCUCGCCCUACAAGCCGAGGAACACACAAAACUCUGGAUCUUCAGCAGCCUCCACCCCUAACGCUCCAGUGACUGGCUACAAGCGUAUGGUCAUUCCAACCCAGCCACCUCUAACUGCCACCAAGAAGUCUACACCCAAACCUCAGUCUCCCGGGGGAGUUUCGUCCAUCCCCCCUUCAUCUGCCAGCCCCAUUGCCAAGCCUCAGAGCCACACGGGCCCUCAGCCUGUCCCAGCCUCCUAUGCCACAGCCUCAACCCCAAGCCAGCCAACCUUCAAUGUCCAAGUAAGAUCAGCCCAACCUGGCCCCCAGCAAGCUCCAGGCGGGCACCAAUUUGGUCAGCAGCCCAUCCGCAGCCCUGCACAGGUGCAUUACAUGCCUGCCCAGCCCAAGGGUCCUGACUUUGCCUAUGGACCACCACAGCCGGGCUUCUCCCCAAUGGCUCAGGGUGCAUAUCAAGAACAGUACCAUCCAGGAGCACCCCAAGUCGGCGGUUUGAGGAGACCUGAGCCAGCCCCUGUCCAAGCAUACCAACCACCAGGCCCCAAGAAGACCUACAUCACUGAUGUGCCACCAAGCUUGACUCCUUACAUGUCUGGACCAGCCAUACCACCAAAGGGAAGUGCUUCCAUGGCUCACCCUGAAGAUGAGCUGGAGCGCCUGACCAAGAAGAUGCUGUUUGACAUGGACAACCCCCCAUCUGAGGAGUAUUUUGGGCGCUGUGCCAGCUGUGGAGAGAACGUAGUGGGUGAAGGCACCGGCUGCACCGCCAUGGACCAGGUCUUUCAUGUCGACUGCUUUGUCUGCAUGACCUGCAGCACUAAGCUGCGUGGCAAGCCUUUCUUCGCUGUGGAGAAGAAGGCGUACUGUGAGCCCUGCUAUGUUAACACCCUGGAGACCUGCACCAUCUGCAGUAAGCCCAUCAUGGAGCGCAUCCUGCGGGCCACAGGGAAAGCCUACCACCCUCACUGCUUCACCUGCGUGGUGUGCAGCCGCAGCCUGGACGGCGUCCCGUUCACCGUGGACGCGUCCAACCACAUCCACUGCAUCGAGGACUUCCACAAGAAGUUUGCUCCACGCUGCUGUGUGUGCUCUGAGCCGAUAAUGCCGGCGCCGGGUCAGGAGGAGACGGUCCGUAUUGUGGCCCUGGACCGGGACUUCCACGUGCAGUGUUACCGCUGUGAGGACUGUGGCUCUCUGCUCUCAGAGGGGGAUAACCAGGGCUGCUACCCUCUGGACGGACACGUCCUCUGCAAAAACUGUAACUCCAGCCGCAUCCAGGCCCUCACCGCCAAGGCCACCACUGACCUCUGAACAACCCGCUGCCCGGUCACCUCCACUGUGAUAAACACACGCUCUCUCUCUUUCUUCUAUUGCAAACAUACCCGUUCACAGAAGCUUGCAUUCUUCAGCGUAUCUUAUAAUAUACCUUCACUUACAAUAACAGAAGAUCACCUUCACAUGCAAACAUGCACUGUACGUAUUGACUCGGUACAACCACAGCAGAAGAGGUUGUGCAUAUUUAACUCUGUGGUUAAAACAAUAACGCAACAUUUAAAAAACACGCUGAUACAUUUUUAUGUUCAGAAAGUUAAAUAAUUAAAGUCACAGUUAGGGGCCAGUUAGCUUCUCUGCAUGAAAACAGUCUCUGUCCAAAGUUAGAAAACUUGACUAUAACUUUAAAGCGCCCUGAUUACAUGUGGGCUCUUUUUGAAUGGUUGCACAUGGACUAAUGUGAUGCUACUGGCCCAAAAAUGAUCCACAACAGAAGUCAGUGUGAGCCACAACGUGUUGUUUUAAUCUCUUUUUUUGUGUUUUUUUUAAAUAUGAGACUAAAUGUGUUUAGUACAGAAGCUUUCAGCAGACAUGAAUCCUUACAUUUAUUUAAGAGAAACAGAUUAAAAUCAAACUUUAGAUGAGGGCUGUCAGCUUUACGGUGUUAAUCACGAUGCGAUGAAGGUCUGAAAUAAUCAUUCUUUUUUUUUCCCGCGUUAAUCACAUGCUAUUUGUCCUUUUAGUUGAGCAGUAUCUCCCUGUAGAUACAGUGAUACCAAAAGAAUGACAACACUGCGCUUUAAAAUGUCUCAUUUCACUUAAAGAAUCUCCCAGACGCCUCAGGUGAUGAGUCAGAAGUGAUAUCCACCUUGUGAUAUCAAACAUUUGACUUUUUAACCUUACCUUUAACUGGUUUUUAUUUCCUUUAUCCAUAACCAGUUCCCUUUUCCGUGGUUAAGUUAAUAUUGUAACGUCAAAAGUUUCUUAUUGUUUUAAUCAGGUUUGUAUCCAAACAGGAAGUAAAGUAACCUUAGCUUAAGUCAGUUACACAUUUCAAAAUAUAAGCAUAAAAAAUAAGGCUUUGCAAACAUUCGAUUACAAAUUCACUAUUGAAAUGUAUGUGUUUUUUUAUGAAUGGUAUGACAAUCCUAUUAUUAUGGAUGUAUCUCUGCUGAGAGCUUCUGUAACUAACGGAGUGUUGGAGGAGCGAGUGCACAGUGUUUGAUAUCUUUGGACAGAUUAGCCUCUUUCCAGUCUUGAUGCUAAGCUAAGCGUAAAGGUUGGGUAUGUGUUCCUGAACAAAGAUGAGUGAUGUUGUGUGUGUAAUGGUCAUGUCAUUAAAACCAUUCAGGACAUCUGUAUAGAGGAAUAGUUAUAAAAACACUAAAGUAAACAACAACACAGCAAGUAGUAACUUAUGUUAGCUAGCUUAAUGAGCCACAUUUUGUCUGCUAAGCUAACACUCUAGCUAAGAAUCAACUCCAGACAGUGAUACUUAUUAUUCUUUUGCUACUAAAGCUAAAUAAAAGCAAAUGAAUGUCUAUCAGAAACUAUCAUGAUCAAAUUAUAAUCAGACAUUUCUAUAAUUUGCCCGUCUGUUUUUUCGAUUUGGAUUGCAUACCCAUCUUUUAGCUCCGUGCUGCAUCAGUGUUUUCAUACACGCCUCAUAACGUCUCAAUGAGUAUGUAAAUACAAAAUGUCUCAAAAUGAUAAGAAACUGCUUAAAUCCAACCUCAGUAAUCGUUAAUAUAGAUCCUCACUCAGUGUUAUUAUGUUCACAAUCAUCUGACACCAGCAUCUUGUAGCCAGGCUGCUCGUGCAUUCAAGCCUAGAUGUUUCCCCCUGACUGCUUCAUUUCAAACGGCCCAUAAAUAUAUUCGAAAUGUUUGACGCUUCUGCCCUGCAGGUGAACACAUAAAGAUGUGUGUGUGUGUGUGUGAGCAGUAUUUAGAAAAACUAUGAUGAUUGAAGAUUCAUUUUACUCCUCAGUGUUUCUCACAAUGAGCUGACGGUACAGAUAUGUGGAUAAAAUGACACAAUCAAGCUCAUUAUCACGACACCAGCUCCGCUAACUGAACACCAAAGAUUUAGAUUUUAACUGCCACAUUUACUGUCUGCAACUAAAGUAAACGGACCACAGGAGCAACACAUGCACAGCUGUUGAAUGCACUUCCUCUCAAACAUAACACUUUCUUUAUACUUUCCAUUCAAAUGUUUUUAUGCACACGAUACUUUUUUUUUUCUUUGGUGGCCUGAACGGCACAAUCCUGUCAUUCCAUUCAUAGAUACAGCUUCAUAUUUGAGUUGAAUUUUAAAGUAUUUGAGCAUAUAUAUUUAUAUAUCUCUUCUCCUCGUUUAACAUGACAUAGAUUAAAUUAGUGAUCGUAGUUGAAGCAGUUUGGUAGAGAUUACAGAUUUCAGAUGGCUAUGCAAUUUUUAAUAUUAAUUGCAUCGACACUUUAUAAGAAAUUUUAUGAAUAAGGAAAUAUUUUACCUGUACAGAUUCCACAUAAGUGUCCUUAUAGUAACUUCUUUCAUCAGAACGGUUCUGUUGGUACUCUGUGACUGUGCUGUUUGUCAGUAUUGAUUGUACCACCGACAUUUGUCUUUUAGUUUUAGUGUUUGUUCAAAGUUUGAGUUUUGGAGGAAGAAGGGACCGGAAGAGUUUCCCAAAAAUGAUGACGACGAUGAUGAUGAUGAUGAUGAUGAUGAUGUUGAUGUUGAUGAUGAUGAUGAUUUUAUUUGUUCCAUCCAAGAGUUUUUUUUAAAGUAGUUUGACCUUUUUGAUUUGUUUUAUUUUUUCAUAACAAUAACUUGACCAGCCAUUAAGUUUUUUAGGCUUGUGAGUUAAAGGUACCUUGUGGAGUUUUUGAACAGCGGGGGCACUGUGGAGCAAUGUUUUUAUUGUAAUCUUGUUUUUAUGAGCAGGUCCCAUUUGAAGCUUGUACAGGAGCCUUGACCUUUUAUACAGAGGUCAUGGUAGUCACCAAAUAUUGCUCCAUCGAGUCAUGCAAGACAACAACAAAGAAACACACUACUAUCAGAAAGUGAAGCAAAACUUUGUCAAUGUUUUCCAAACCAACAGCAAAGACACAAAAACAACCAUAAGAGUGAACAUGAUUGACAUUAAGACAAGCAAAAAGAUUCAUAUCUAUCAUUAAAUUCAUCAACUAUAUUUGAAGAGACACAAAACAAAUUACAAAGACAAACAAAAUGACACAAGGAGCUAGAACAAGGUGUAAAAAGACUGCAAAGAGAAACAUAUCAACAACAAACACAAGACCCCUCAAAGACUAGUCUUUAAAAAAACAAUGUAUUUUGUGCCUCUUUAAGUCUACAGAGAACGUAAACACAAUAUGAAUGAGAAAGCUCCACAGUGUACCUUUAAACAAAAGAUAGAUGGUUUCAUAAAUGAGUUCUUGUUAGCUUAUUUUUGGUUUACACUUUGAUGAUUUGGUUUAUUGCCAUCCUCAUGAAUUAAGACAAAGUAUUUCCCAAGCCUCCGUGGCAGAUGUCUUGAGCAUGUUGAUGAUUUUAUGAACAAAGCAAUCAACACUUUAAUAGGAUUGACUUCUCUUCACUGUUUCCUGACACUCUGAGAGGUGAAAGUGUUAAAAUGUCAGAAAGUGAUUUUUAUAAACAAAGCAACAAAACCCUCUUUGGGCUGUGCCUUCUAAUCAGUUUGUCUGCUAACAUCAGAGCAUUCAUGAUGUCGUUUAAUGUUUUGAAACCAUGGCAACACCUUGUAAGCAACUGUGUCAAUAAGCCAAUUAACUAAUUUCAGUGAAAAUUGUUUUGACAUUCAACAGACCUUUGCCAGGACACAAAUUCUACAACUCAAGUGUUUUUACCUUUUUAAAAUUUGAAACAGUGUUUUAUACUCCACAAUGAUCUGUAACAGCUCUGCACAGCCGGUCCUCUGGGAGAUUAAAGCAACUCACAUUUAAUAAAAAAUGUUGUAGA